AUGAUAAAUGUUCCCAAAGGUGUUUAUAAAUACACAUACGUAUGGCUGAGAUUGUGAGUCCGUGAGCCUCCAAAGUCAACUGCGCCCACAAAUCCAAGUAAACGACACCGGGAACGACUAAACGGCGAAUUGGAAACUGUCGCAGCUCUUCUGCCGUACGAUCAAAGUGUCAUAUCAAGAUUGGACAAAUUAAGUGUUCUACGACUAGCUGUUAGUUAUCUUCAACUGAAAGCGCAUUUUCAAGGUUUGUUCAAAUAUUUCGAUACUUCACCAUGUUCAGUAUCGCUGAAUUUUCUUCUUUUAACUAAACGAUUCAACUCCAGUGAUUUUCUUAAUUGCGAUCUCUUCGGAUUGUUUCCUCUCAACUGUAAACGAUCUUAUUCCUCAUGA